CUUUCAUUAAAGGCCACCCCGUGCUUAGUAAACAAUCGAACCCGUGAAUCCUCAGAUCCCGUUCCAGGUAUCUUUGAGGUGUCGCCUAGAAUUUCAGGUCUCAUAAAGAUGGGUUGGAUUCGGACAACAAUGAGAUUAGCCGUAGUCGGUGGUGCCGGCUACGCUGCCUGUAAGGCCGAUGUUUGGGGCGACAAUAAGACCACCGUAAACUACAUCAGCAAGCAGUGCGACUCCUGCGAUAAGCUGAAGUACUACAAAGCGUUGGUCCCGUCAUGCGAAGAGAUGAGAAUUAAAUGGGCCGACUCCUGGAAUGGUGGAGUGAAAACCGUGUUUACGUUUAUUGAUCAACUUCCCCAGAAUACUGUAGAUGGCGUUACCUGGACCGUAAAUAAGAUUCAAGAGCUAGCUGCUAUCGAUCCCGCUCACGAGGAAAAACCUAAGUCAGCCCCUCCCCGUCCCAGCAACGCUAGUAAGAGCCCCAGCAAGUAAUUGAAAAGUUUGAAUAUGAAUUUUCGUUACUAAAUGUAAAAUAAAUAUUUGAUGUUUGCAGUAAUAUUA